AUGGACAUUCCUCGUGAUAACGCCUUUCUAAAGUAUCCAAUAUCGUUAGGCUAUCGAGCAGUUCAAUUAGUUAUUGCCGAGGCUAUUACGCAAAAUCAAUUCUUCACCACAGAUCUGAAAUGUUCUUCCAACACUAGUAACACUGAGAUCUCUGAAUCUAUUAGUGAAUCUGAAAUAGCGCAGCUCAAUGAUAAUAACUGGCACAUAGUUAGGCGUGACGAUGACUAUCCAAGUCAAACGGACAUCGACAUGGCCUUCGAACGUUUGAUCGUUAAAAAUUAUAUCGAAAUUAACGAGGACGCUUUUGUUAUAUUCAAUUCUAAUUUAGACACUAAAGAGCUUCCUUUGCCAUUGGCACCUGCCUAUCUUAUAAAUAUGAACUUCGUAUUGGUAGAGCAAACUGCACAUUUUUCCAUCUGCCUAAAAACUUACGGAUUUAACAAAGCUAACGUUAAAUUAAUAAAGGAAAAGAAAAAAAACAAAUCUUCAAAGACCUUCUUUUUCGCGAGUCUCGAAAAACAUAUUGACAUUUGUCAAUGCGAAAGUACGACGUUGAAUGUAAUCUUUAGUCCUAAAAAGUCUGUAUUUUCUGAAGAAAGGACUGACGUCACUUACAAAUUUUAUCUUCAAGUAAAACAAGGGUUAACAAUUCCUGUUAAUGUUCAAGCCUCGGCUGUUUAUCCUCAUAUAUGUACAAAUAUACAAACUUUAAAUUUUAAUAAAGUUUUUACUGGACAAUGUAAAGAGAUGGCAUUCCUUUUAAAAAAUAAUGGAUUCAUUGAUUGUCACUGGGAAAUAUGUAUAGAAAGUCAGUCGAAAAACUUGACAAAAUGUAAAGAACAUCAAUUCGAGAUUAAUUAUAAUAAUGACGUAUUUUCUCCUAAUAAAGAGGCCAUAAUUAAAGUCUACUUUAGGCCAUACAGAAGUGGCAUUCACAGAGCAAAUUUACUAAUAAUGGUAUCGAAUGCCCAAGAUAUUAAGAAAAUACGUCUUAAAGGUUAUGGCGUUGAACGCAAUGUGAACAUUAAUAAAACAAUUAUCAAAUUUCCAUUCAUAAUUCCUAAUACAAAAAUAUUAGAAGAAUAUUUGGUUAUUACCAACGAUAAUGAAUAUCCUGUGGAAUUAUAUUGGCAACACAUUGAAGAUUUUCGAGAAACAAAUAAAGUCAUUCGUGCUCUUCAACGUUAUUAUCGAAUUGAUGAGAUCUUAAUACCUCAAAGAGAUAUUGGCGAAAACUUGCCCCAAUUACUGACUGAUUUUUACAAGAAACUCAUCAACGAUAUGUAUUUGGAUGAUGAAUUUCACGAAAUCGUUAAAAAUAUUAUUAAAGAUACCGUGCACGACGAUUAUUUACAAAAUGAAUUUUUCACUGGAUCUAAAGAUAAAGUGGAAAAAAUAACGAAGAAGAAAGAAUCAGUUUGUUCCAGGAAAAAAAAAAUAAAUAAAAAGAAAAUUGAAAAAUCUAAUGCAUUGGGUCCAUCAAUUCUUUCCAACAUUGAGCCAAAUGCCGUCGAAACUCUUUUAAAUGCUUUUGCCGAAGAUAAUAAUGCGAAAGAUUUCGCGAAAAAAAUUGACAAACGCUACCAAGAAGUAAUCGCCAAGAUCACGAAUACAUUAACCAAGAAAAGCUUAGCUAGCGUUACAAGUAAACUCCAGCAAUUCUGGAAGCAGUUUCCAACUCCGGAAGAACUCGAAAGGAUGGAUCCAUACAGCCUAUACGAAUACAAAUUUGAGAUAAUAGCACAAGGCCUAAACGAUAUUGAAUCCUUGGACUCGUCUCGUGUAUAUAAAGCAAAGGAUAAGGAGAAUGCCAAGAACAAGGGCAUUGCCAACAAGAAACAAAACAUUUUGCCUGAUGUUAGUGAACAAUUCAUUCAAGAUAUCCUCCGGGAAAGAUUUGAUACUAUUACCGACACUUUAAUGUUAUCAAUAAAUAACAAUGAUAAACCAGAAAUUAUCCAGCUUGAGUGCAAUGGCAUUGAAUUGAAUGUAGAGUUAGAGCCUAAACAAUUAAAUUUGAAUCGAAUACUAUUGAAUGCAAUUGAAAAACGAAUAAUGAUAAUACGGAACAAUUCACCGAUCGUUGUCUAUUGGCGCAUCUCGACAAAUACAACUGAAUCCACAAUUCAACUAGUACCGAAGGAAGGAAAACUAAAGUACAAAGGAUGUUGCGAGAUAGAAUUUCAAUAUUACGCUAAUAGAGUUGGUAAAGCAGAUACAAAAUACUUAACUUAUCAAUUAUUUUUAAAUGAAUGUAAGACAGAUCCAAUAGCCACUGAUAAUAUCACAAUCACAGCAGAAACAUACGACAUCGAAUUCCAGCUGAGUUCUGAUAUUAUAGAUUUUAAUAAAAUGACAGUUGGCUCUACAGACAAUAAAUCAGUCGUAAUAAAGAACUUGGGCCCCUACGAAAUAGAAUACAAAAUUCAAUAUCAAGAGUUUGAUGUUUUAAAAAAGUUUUGUGAUCCAAACGUUAUUUCAUAUUAUACUAGAUUUUCUAUAGAACCACAUCCAAUAUUGAAUUUUGGAACCAUUGCAUUAAAGUCAACAAAAGCUAUGCGACUAAAGGUUUCAAAUACUGGAAAAUUUCCCUUAAAAUAUUCAAUUGUUAACGAAUCAACAACUAAACGUAAAACCGAUCCAACUACAAACAAAAGCGAUAAGAUUAAAUCAAAAUGUAUGAAGAAAUCUUCGAAACAAGUGGCAAAAAUCAACACAACUCACAAAUCAAAAUGGGAACCAUUUUAUUUGGAUCGAGUUGCGGGUGAAUUGGAUCCUGGGCAAGUAGAUAUGUUGACUAUUCACUGCUCUUCGAAUUCUUUUGGACAUUUCGAUGAAAAAUUAAUUUUCGUCGUGCCAGAAAGUUUAGCAGCGGAUGAAAAAAAUCGACGAGUGUCGUUAGUUGCCAAUGUCUGUCCACCUGAUAUUGAUUUUAAAAAUUUUAACGAAAUUUUUAUAGAAAGUCACGUGGUUGACUCGUACAGUCAAUUUAUUUGUCCAAGUGAGUCUGGUGAACAUUCCAUUUUCGUGAAAACGACCAAGUGUUUACAUUUUUGUCGAGUCUGCAUCGGAAGCAAUUAUACCAUCUAUGUUACAUUGACUAAUAUAAGUUUUAUUAACGGAGACGUAAUAAUAGAACUUCUUAAGAGUAACUUAAAUGCUGAGGCUUUUAAAAUUAAUACCAAUCGAUUGAGUAUUCCAGCAAUGAGCAAAGAAAAUUUUACAAUUACAUUUGCGCCAACUUUACUAGGGAAGUUUUCCAGUUUAUUGAAAAUAAAAUUAGAUUUACCAGAGGAUGUACAAUUACAAACUUUUUGCGUUGAUUUGAAAGGAGAAAGCUGCAUGCCUCAAAUAUGUAUACUUGAACCAUCCUUAAAAUCUAAUGAAAAAUUAGCAAUUGAUUUUGGUUUAUCAUUUAUUCUUGAAAAACGUCAAAAAAUCUGUAGAAUUCAAAAUAUCGGACAAGUGAAGGAUAAUCUUAUCGUUAAACUGAUGGAUAAUAAUACAAUUAAUGUAUUUGGAAUAUUUAUCGAGCCAGAUAAAGAUGAUUUAUCGAAUAAUCUUAUUGACGAUAAAGAUAUUGUAAGGUGUUUAAAUAUACCCAUCAUCCCCGGAGAAAUUAUAAAUGUAAGAGUUCAGUUUUUACCAAAAAAGGCGAAAAAAUACAUAAAUCGUUUGACUAUUAUAAUGAAGAGGAAUCCAUAUGAGACUUUUGAAAUUGAUUUAUUAGGAAAUGGAUUUAGUAAGAAUGUUAUCUUCGAAUAUUUGGAUAUUAUAGAUACGUCUUUAUUAGAUGCUGAUGAAAGACAAAGCACGCAACAAUGUAAAAGAAAAUCUCGUAGAAGUUCUAUAAACAAACAAGAAACAAACGAAGGACUAAAUUUGACUCCACUGGUUUAUAAAUUGGACUAUGAAAAAUGCUUUUUAAACGAAAUGAAUAAAAUCAACUUCAAAAUAGUAAAUAAGACAUCGGAUCGAAAAUUUCGCUUCGAAUUAAAUUCACAUCCAAAUAUCGUGUUUACGCCAUCUGCAGGACAUUUGGCGCCUUGCAUCUUUAAAGAGAUAACCGCCACGUUUCUUGCUUCAGAGCCCAUAAUAUUAUCUCAAAUGCCAAUUGAUUGCAUAGUUAACGAAAUUGAACUAAGCGAAUCAGAGAUUCAGUCGAAUUGGGAUACUAGACAAAUGACCGUUUCUUGGGAGGAGAAGUUCAUUAGCUCAUCCGAGUCGAAGUUUUGCGAAGAUGACAAGAUUCUUAAAAAAGUGAUAAGAGAAAGCGAAGAGCCAGCAUUUAAAAUCAUCUCUGAAACGGUCCAGCAGCUGCAGCUUUGGAUUUACGCAAUUGCCGACUACUCGUACUACAGUUGCGACACAAAAUCCAUUGACUUCGAUGACACGCUGAUGUUUCAAUUGUCGUUCGAAUCAUCCGACCUAUUCAGCAAUUCAGCUGAUUUAACAAAUCGUACAACAGAUACAUGGAUAGAAGGAGAUAAUUGGCCUUUUAGAAUCAAACCAGAAACCGGCAGCAUUGAUCCCGAAAAAAGUGUACAUUUUACAGUGAAUUUUUCCCCAAUCGAUGUUUUUCAGUAUAAAGCAUAUCUCCAGUGCAAAAUGGAGAAUUUAAAUCCAACCACUCAAUCAUUGAAUAUUGUUAUCAAUGCAACAAGUUUAUUGCCGUAUUGUCAUUUUGAAAUACAAGAAAGUGAUUAUCUUACGAGUGGUAGAAGAGACGAUAAGCUGCCGUUCCCUUCGGGUUAUAGUCUUGCCGAUUACGGGACAAUUAAUAAAAUGAAAAUUGUCGAGUUCAAUAUAAUGGGCACAGGAGAGUAUUACACAAGACAUAUUCGGUUGGUCAAUCCAACGACCGAAGAAUUUUCUUACAGCUUCGUAAGAUUAUCAUCGAAUACGAUAAUUGAAAAACUACUGGCUUUACAAUGUUUAUCGGAAAUAGAUGUAAUUGCAAGUGGUAGUAGAAAAGAGAUAUCGUUUUGUAUGAUGUCGGAAGAGGUUGGAUUGUUCGAAUCAUUUUGGCAAUUUGAAAUUAAAAAAUACAAUCUUACGAUUCUCUUCCUUAUAGUUAUUAAUGUUACAGAGCCCUUAAUAUCAUAUAAAAAUACAUUGGUAAAAUUAGCAACUUGUACCGUUGAUAGGACACUAUUUACAAAUUGUGAUAAUAUAAUCGACAUUGGUCAAAUUAUUCUCAACAAUGAAAUGAAACUCAAGUUUAAAUUAAUGAAUAAUGGACAAAUUGCCUUCGAUUAUUCAUGGAUAUUGAGUAACGUAUGUGAAAAUACAUUAAAAAUUUCAAUAUCUGAAAAGGAAAGCAGAAUUGAGGAAAAUUCAUCGAUAAUGUGCUAUCUUAAACUCUUAGCCACGGCGAAAUUACCUAUUCGAUAUUAUUCCUUUGCAUUGCAGAUAAAGUAUGGCCCUACUUAUCAUCUAAAACUUCAUAUAUCUGGUAAGAAAAUACCGAUAGAAUUUAGCUUCAGUCACUAUAAUUUUGGUCCUAGUUACAUUCAAUUACAUAAUGGAAUUAAGUAUUCUGUCGAUCUUAAAGUAACAAAUCAUCAAAACACAUGUUGCCCGCUCCAGUGUACCUACAAUGAUAAUUCCGAUUUCAAAGUAAAUCUUCAACAAUUAUCACAAGCAAUACCUCCGAAUGCCACAAUUGUAAUUCCUAUUUAUUUCCAACCGAUCGAAGAGAAAAUGUAUGAAGAAGUUUUACAUUUCUCAACACUCAAUGAAUCUAUACAAGCAAAUGUGCUUAUAAGAGGUCAAGGUGUUAUGCACAGAAUCUGCUUGAAGAAUCCGGGUGACGCAAUUAUAAAUUUUGGUACCAUUACCAUUGGAAAAACGUUGAGCAGAAAAAUUUGCGUAGCGAAUGAAGGAUGUGUACCGGUCAAGUUAAAAAUCGAUAUAAUCGAUUACUCUUCGGCCGAUAGACAAGAAACCAACAGUCAGAAUAAACUUUCUUCGGAAUUUCUUAAUUUAUCAAAAGAUUUUUGCUCGCCCGAAUCGGAAGUAACAUCCCAUACGACAAAAUCUUUUGAUAUUCAUGAAUUGAUUGAGUUUUCACCAAAAGAAUGGCAAAAUUUAAAACAGAAUACGGAAAUGGAAAUUACAAUUAAAUUCAAAGGCGUACAUAGAGUUAAGUCAUUAAAGGUUAGCCUGGGUUUCAAAAUUGAUUCGUUUACACUUCCUUUAACAAUCGUAAAGGGAAAUUGUACGAUGGCUAGCUUUUAUAUAAAUAGAACAUAUAUAUCUUUUGGUACAAUCUUCGAAGGUUGCGCUGCCAAAGAAAAAUUAAUGCUUAUAAAUAAUGGAGAUCUUGGUUCAAAAAAAGAAAAAAAUUCAUCAUAUUUUGAUAUAAUCCCAUCAAGUGGAUACUGCUCGGCAAAUAGUAAAGUCGUAUUUACUUGUACUUUUAAAGUUAAUUGCCAAGUGUCUUGUACUCAGUCGCAGUUUACUUUAGCAUUGGAAAAUCAUGAAAAUUUAUUUGUAAAUGUUACGGGAAAUUGUGCCCCCAUACCCGAACCAACAGAAAUAAUGAACUUUUUGUCAGAAAUUCAUCAAUCGGAGAUUAAAGAAAUACAAAUAUAUAACGAUUCGGAUAGAACUUGGUAUUUGAAACCUAAGAUUAUUGGCGAAUACUUUACAACGGUUUUAGAAUUAUCUAUAGAUCCAAAAACAGAGCAUCCAUGUACUAUCGCAUAUAAACCGAAAAAACUCACUAGCGAUAGCUGCUUUGACAAGAUAACAUUUAAUGAUCAUCAAGCAAAUUCUCAAUGUUAUAAUGUGGAAUUCGUAGUUAGUGGACCGAAAAUACAAGAUUAUAUAGAAUUGACUACUUAUGCGCGUAAUGUAAUAUUUCAUACUCUGAGGAUUGAUAAUCCGUUAGAGAAUAGUGAAGUAAUAUUCGAUGCAAAUAAUAUUAUCGAGGACAUUACCAUUCAUGGACUACCGACAACAUUGGAUCCUUUAUCAUCCGUUGACGAGCCUUCGUUUACAUGCCCAAAAACUGUUUCCAUACGGGCAAAUGAGGAAGCUGCGAUAGACGUUCGAUUCGAGCCUUCUAUUAUUGGAAAUACGAACGCCACGAUCAAAGCAAUGUCGAGCGCAACUGGUGAAUUCAUUUUCCCCAUCAUUGGUCAAAGCACGUUACCACAACCUCAGGGACCCUUUGUUGUAACUACCAGAGAGCCAAUAUCGAUCAAUUUCAAAAAUGUUUUCCUACAAACAACGGUGUUCGACUUUUCCUUAGAUAAUCAAAAUUUUACAAUAAAUUGUAAUAACGAAAGUCUCGAUCCAAAACAGUGUUGCGAUAUUAUCGUUACAUUAAAAGACGAUGUGAUACAAACGGCAAAGACAAAAGUUGGAAAGUUAAUAGUGACUUGUAAGGAUGGGCAGUCACAGAAAAUCGAAUGGAUGUAUUAUUUGAGAGGCGUAGUAUGUCUAUUGGAGUAG